AUGCGUCAGCACAGUCGUAUGCAACGUGUUCAUGGCGACCAUGAUCCCUUGCCUGAGUUCACCAGCGACACCCUCCGUUCGGUAAAGGCUUCGUGGGACUUCUUCAUAGCAUGGCUCAAAAUCACUUGGUUUGACAUAUUUGUCAUGUCGGCAAUAGGUGGCGCUGCUUUGGGAAUUUACAAUGCGCCUUUAGCCGCGACGCGCAACUUUCCCAUCACCUUCAACGGCUCUGGAGAUAUCGUAUACCCUCAGUGGGCAUAUCCUGAUCGCGGCUGGAUCAUUGAUACAUGGCUAUCUGCAUUGCUGUCCGCCGCCAUACCAAUCGCCGCCAUUCUCCUCGCCCAGUUCCGCGUGAGGAACAUCUGGGACGUGAACAAUGGCAUCAUCGGCCUGAUAUUCUCCAUCUCGCUCGCCACGCUAAUUCAAGUCAUCAUCAAACAGCUCAUUGGAGGAUUCCGACCCUAUUUUCUAGCAGUCUGUAUGCCCGACGUCACGCGAGCAGCUAGCAAUAACGCGACGGGGCUCAAUGCUGUUGGCUUCCAGCAAAUCAUGUACUCAGUCGACGUUUGCACGCAACCAGACCGCGACAAACUCAAGAAUGCGAUGACAUCCUUCCCCUCUGGCCAUUCCACAGCGGCGUUCGCCGGAUACGUCUACCUAUUUUUGUAUCUGAACGCUAAACUCAAGAUCAGGCUCAUAACUGGUAUGAUAUUGUUGCAGGAAGUACCAUCGGAACUGCUGUAG